GAGCAUUAACAGCCAUUUCUUCUUCUUUACAGGCUUGUGAUCCUAAUCUACAAUGGAAAAACUGCUUUUGUUUCUGCUGUUCAUUGGCAUAGCAGUGAGAGCUCAGAUCUGCCCAAAGCGCUGUGUCUGUCAGAUUUUGUCUCCGAACCUUGCGACCCUUUGUGCCAAGAAAGGGCUCUUAUUUGUUCCACCAAACAUUGACAGGAGGACCGUGGAAUUAAGGCUGGCAGACAACUUUGUUACAAAUAUUAAAAGGAAAGACUUUGCCAAUAUGACCAGCCUUGUGGACCUGACGUUGUCCAGGAAUACAAUAAGUUUUAUCACACCUCAUGCAUUUGCUGACUUGCGCAAUUUGCGGGCUUUGCAUCUGAACAGCAACCGAUUGACUAAGAUCACCAAUGACAUGUUCAGUGGACUCUCCAAUCUUCAUCACUUGAUACUUAACAACAACCAGCUGACUCUAAUUUCUUCCACAGCUUUUGAUGAUGUUUUAGCUCUUGAGGAAUUGGAUUUGUCUUACAACAAUCUGGAAACCAUCCCCUGGGAUGCCGUGGAGAAGAUGGUUAGUUUGCACACUCUCAGUCUAGACCACAAUAUGAUUGACCAUAUUCCUAAAGGGACCUUCUCCCACCUCCACAAGAUGACCAGGUUAGAUGUCACAUCUAACAAACUGCAGAAGCUACCGCCUGAUCCUCUCUUCCAGAGAGCUCAGGUACUGGCAACCUCAGGAAUUAUCAGCCCCUCUACUUUUGCGUUAAGCUUUGGUGGAAACCCUUUGCAUUGCAACUGUGAGCUUUUGUGGCUGAGGCGUCUUUCCAGGGAAGACGACCUGGAGACAUGUGCUUCUCCCCAGCUCUUGUCUGGCCGGUACUUCUGGUCAAUCCCUGAGGAGGAGUUCCUGUGCGAGCCUCCCCUCAUUACCAGGCACACCCAUGAGCUGAGGGUGCUGGAGGGCCAAAGGGCAGCUCUGAGGUGCAAGGCCCGGGGGGAUCCAGAACCAGCAAUUCAUUGGAUUUCACCUGAGGGCAAACUUAUUUCUAAUGCAACGAGGUCUGUGGUGUACGACAACGGGACGCUCGACAUCCUUAUAACGACGGUGAAGGACACGGGCUCUUUCACCUGCAUUGCUUCCAACCCAGCUGGGGAAGCCACACAGACGGUAGACCUGCACAUAAUUAAACUCCCUCACUUGCUGAACAGUACUAACCACAUCCACGAGCCUGACCCUGGCUCCUCGGAUAUCUCUACAUCCACCAAGUCAGGCUCUAAUGCGAGCAGCAGCAAUGGGGAUACUAAAGUCAGUCAAGACAAGAAGGUGGUUGUCGCUGAAGCAACAUCGUCUACUGCUCUGCUGAAAUUCAAUUUUCAAAGAAACAUACCUGGAAUACGCAUGUUCCAGAUCCAGUACAACGGUACUUACGAUGACUCCCUUGUUUACAGAAUGAUACCUCCCACGAGCAAAACCUUUCUGGUCAACAACCUGGCUGCUGGGACUGUGUACGACCUGUGCGUCUUGGCCAUCUACGAUGACGGGAUCACCUCGCUGACUGCCACCCGCGUCGUGGGGUGCACGCAGUUCACCACCGAGCAGGAUUAUGUGCGCUGCCAUUUCAUGCAGUCCCAGUUCCUGGGUGGGACCAUGAUUAUCAUCAUUGGUGGGAUCAUCGUGGCCUCCGUGCUCGUGUUCAUCAUCAUCCUCAUGAUCCGCUACAAGGUGUGCAACAACAACGGGCAGCAGAAGGCCACCAAGGUCAGCAACGUGUACUCGCAGACGAACGGGGCUCAGAUGCAGGGCUGCGGUGGGGUGCUGUCCCAGUCCGUGUCCAAGCAGGCUGUCGGGCACGAGGAGGGCAUCCAGUGCUGCAAGGCUGCCAGCGACGGCGCCGCCCCCUCGCCGGAGAACGUCUCCGGCCAGGACGCCACCACCACUACCUCCGCUUUGCCUCACGCGUGGACUUCCAGCGCUUCUGCCCCCCAGAAGCAGAAGCGGAAGCCGGGGCCAAAGCCAGGCAGCGAGCCGCAGAGUGAAGCUGUCACGAAUAUCGAGUCCCAAAACACUAACAGAAAUAACUCCACUGCUCUGCAGCUAGCUAGCCGUCCCCCCGACUCUGACAAAGGGGCCCCCACGUACAAAAGAGCACAAUCCAAGCCAAGUAAGUUUCUCACUUUGCCGGCCGCCACGUCCAGAGCCAAGCGCAGGCUGUCGCUGGGCGGGGAGCUGCUGCAGUGCCGCUGCCACCUGGACGCCCCGGGCGCGGGCGGACUGUGCUCCAGGCGCAGCCUCUCUAUGAACGGGAUGCUGACCCAGGCAGACCGCUCUGACGGGGAGAGUGGAAAAGCAACUUUCUCGAGUUCUGAGUGGAUAUUGGAAAGCACUGUGUGACCUGCCUUUUGUUUUAGUUUUUUUUUAAGUUUAAUUUUUAUUUCGGUGAAAAACAAAACACCAAACGUUGUGUGAAACUCCAUCUCCUAGGGAAUUGGAUUUGGAAGUCCACUGUUGUCUCGCUGAUUAACGGCUUGUUCAUGCGGGGUUCUCUAUAAGCCACCCAGUGCACACAGGGUUUUAUUUAGUUUCCAUUUUGUUUUAUUUAAUAUCAAAACUGAAGGCCACAUUGCGAGAUUAAAAAAAAAUAAAAAAAAAUAAGGGGUGAAAAAAGCAUGAUACAGCACCAGUGCCUUCCCUACUCUAGGACUGGCUUCCUGGUUCUGCAGUAGCAGAAAACAAAAGAGAGAGUUUUCACAGAAAAAGCCUUUUAUAAAGGAAAUGAAAUUUCCUCCAAGCUAACAAAUAACCACUUCUGGAUCAAUCAGUAAAAUAUUUUUUAAAAUGGUCAGACUGUAUAUUUCUUUUCCGUGACAAUGGUGUUGCCUUUGUUUUUAGGCAGAUGCUGUACAGAAACAACAACAUUGUGUUGUUAUCUUGUGUAAAAUAAAAUACUCACUCGGUACACCCA